AUGACCACGUUUGGAAAGUUGGACGAGUACAACGAAACUGAAGAUUGGCGCCAUUACAUCGAGCGUGUAAAUCAUCUCUUCGAAGCGAAUGAAAUCACAGAUUCUGACAAGAAGAGAUCCAUUUUUCUGGUUUGUGUGGGAGCGAAAACCUAUAAACUGGUGCGAAGUUUGGUUGCCACAGAAGAUCCAAAGGACAAAAGCUAUGAGUAUUUAGCAAAACUCCUCCAAGACCAUUUCAUGCCUAAACCUUCGGCUAUUGUUCAGCGAUUCAAGUUUAACACACGCUCCCAACAACCAGGUGAGACCAUUGCAGUGGUUUUAGCUGAAUUAAGAAACCUGUCUAAACACUGUGCAUUAGGAUACAGCGCCGAUUAUUAGCUGAACCCAAAUUAACAUGGAACCGGGCACUUGAUCUAGCUCUCGCCAUUGAAGCAGCGGAUAAGGAUGCUUCAGGGAUACAAAAGGCAGACGGUCAGGGAGGGAAUGCCUCUCUCAACAAAGUAGAUGUCAAAGUUAAUAAGGGGAGCGAAGUUAAGUGCCCUCGUUGUGGCGGCAACCACUACCCCAAAAGCUGUCAUUUUAAAGAUGCCAAAUGCUAUUUUUGUGGUAAAGUUGGCCAUUUAGCUCGAUUGUGCCGAGCUAAAAAGAAAGGGAAACAACCACAGUCAGUUAAUGAGCAGAAAUAGGGCAACUCCGAGCCUGCCAAUCUUCUUGAAGGUGCCAUGCAAACACCAAGAGAGGAACGGCGUGUGGGUGCAUAUUCCUUGUUUAACAUUGGCAGUCAACGCCCAUCACCCUACAAAGUACAGCUAAGUGUUGCUGGGCAACCCCUUGAAAUGGAAGCUGACACAGGGGCCUCCUUGUCUAUGAUUAGCGAGGAAGUAUACAACUACCUUUUUUUCAGCAGGUCAAGCACCCUAACUUGUAGAGUCAGGAAUUGUCCUUCGCACAUAUACCGGAGAAGAGGUCAAACCUAA